GGGGUUGGAUCGGGUACUGAGACCUGGACCUGACUGGUUGCAUUGAAUUUCCUUUAUAUUUAGUCUCUGAGUGGAAUCCGUAUCGUUCGAACCGGUCGAUCCGCCGCCGCCGUCGUCGUUGUCGUUGACGUUGUCCUCGCCGUUGUUGCCGUUGUCAAACCAGUAUGCCAUUGUGUUGCAACACAGCUCAGUAGGUGAAGGCAGUGUUGUAAAAGCUCCUGUGGAGAGUGAUUUGUUAGUUUCCGACAGUCGGCGAUAUCCGAGUCCUGGCGGUUGGACUACUUGCCAGGUCCUUCCUGCUGCCGAAUUCGACGGUGUGAAGUAGAAAGUGUCCCUCCGUGGAAAGAGAAGCGAGAAAAAAGUGUACCGUUUUGGGAAAAGCAGGCAUCCUCAUCGGCAGUGCCAGUUCCAAUGACCAACGGAAGCAGAAAGGUGGAAAAUUAAUCAAUCAAGUGGUUCUGCCCCGAAGUUGUAGUGUGCAGUGUUGUUGGUGGUUGUUUGCUGGUCGUAGUGGUAGUGGUGGUUGUUCCGAUACCGAGAUACCCAUAGUUAUCGAAUCGAUUCCACGCCUGCAAAAGUGCAUCCUCUGUGGAAAAAGUGCAAUCUCACCUAGCCAGUGCAGAUAAAUGUUCACAUAGCGACAAAAGCAGCCAGAAUUAAAGCAAAGAAAUAGUGCACAUAAAUCUUGCAACGACAAAUAAAUAGUGCAUACACUUCGUACUGGUUCCGCCUUUGCAUGAGUGCACCGAAGUGAGAAGGGAAUACUUGACAGCAUAGAAGCUCACUGCUGCUGUCAUAGAUUAGAGUCAAGGAAGCAGCACGUGGAACAGAAUCAGUAUUGUUGCAGCCCCGUCCGUAGUGUGAGUAGAGUGGUUGUGCAAAUUGAAGAAUAAGCGAGGACCCUAGAGGGGAGUUUCGGCGUCAGGAGGCACGAGCAGCAAUUGCAUAUUCCUUCCGGAAGUCGAGUGGCAGACGAUUUAAAUUUUCGGACAUGGGCUGUUUAGGUAGUAAGGAUCGCCUCUCGAAAGAGGAUAUGGACUUUCUCAAAUCACAUACCCGGUACGACGAAUCCACAAUUAAGGAAUGGUACAAAGGGUUCAAGCAAGAUUGUCCAAACGGCAAACUAACGCCGGCCAAGUUUGUAGAUAUGUACAAAAUGUUCUUCCCGUCGGGCAAUGCCGAAGAAUUCUGUGACCACGUUUUCCGGACGUUCGACAUGGACAAAAACGGCUAUAUUGAUUUUAAGGAAUUUCUGUUAGCGAUCGACGUUACAUCCAGUGGCACACCGGAGGAGAAGCUAAAGUGGGCGUUUAGGAUGUACGACGUGGACGGCAACGGCGUCAUAGACAUCCAAGAAAUGACCAAAAUAGUUCAGGCGAUAUACGACAUGCUCGGUGCGUGUUCGUCCAACAAACCGGCAGACUCGGCGGAGGAACGCGCGAAAAACAUCUUCGCCAAAAUGGACGAAAAUAACGAUGGCCAACUGACGCAGGACGAGUUCCUCAAAGGAUGUCUACAGGACGAGGAACUGUCGAAAAUGCUGGCACCUUAAGCUUAAUUCUAGUAGUCAUCGACGUCGAACUCACACCUACAUAAUUGAACAAACUCACAUACAGAACAGACGUACACAAAACCAGAAACACAGCAGAGGGAAGUAAAAAUCACCCAGUUUAGAUAUUCAGUAAGAUUUAAAGUAAUAUUAAAAAGCCAGACAAAACAAACCAUAAGCAAAGCCCAGAGGGGUACAGCAGAAGAAUGUAACAGUUGUUUGUAGGACAAGAAGUAUUGCAGCAACAGCGAUUUAGAUACAUUUGCCAUUAAGCAGCAAAAGCAGCAGCACGACACAAUUCAUAGACGCGCGAUCGCAAAGCACACACUUACAGAGUCUUGUUGUCAGUUUUCGUGAAGUCAGCAAAAGUCAUUAGGGAAUUUUUCGCGUUUAUAAGUUAGUUAAGGUCCGGAAAUCGCACACAGUACGCUGCGGAAUAGUGCGACGCGAAUGCAUGGAGUGAGCGAGGAUGCGAAGCACACACAAAAUACACACUUUCACACAAAGGGGAAAUUUAACGAAAAUGGGCCACGCUAAUUAGUGGCGACAUGAAAGGGUUAGUCGCCAGCACACCGAGAUUAAAGACAGAAUUAAAUUUCAGAAACACAAACGAGCCGAAGUUUUUGUUUCCGUUUCUGUUCGUUGUUUUGUUACAGAAUAAAAAGAAAUUUAGAAAGUCAUGCAACAAUUAACAUACAAAAAAAAAGAAAUAUAGAGCAUUUAGAAUAGGAUAAAUAAGCGAAACAGCGCGCAGGGGAUUUAAUGCGAGGUAAACCAGAGCGAACACAUGAUAAUCACUUGAUUAGCUAAAUUACAAAACGGGGUAAGCAGGGGCUGAUCAGAAUUCGAAUGAUGAACAGGGAAGGAAGAGAUAAAAUGAGAGGAGAAAAGGCAGAAGCAAAUCGUAAUCAUCAAAAUCAUUUUUAUACGUGUUGAUACAGAAUUGUAAGUAAGAAACGAAUCGCACUAAAUGGUAGAGAGCGAGCAAAACGUUAGGGUUUUGAGCCACUACUGCUUCGAUUUUCCAUUUGCACAAAUCUUAAUGAAAGUAAAACGAUAAAUGGUAUCUACAUAAAUAUUUCCCCCCUUUACCUGCCUUGGAAAAACAGUA